ACUGCUGCGGCUGGAGUCCCCGCUAACGCUGCUGCCUUUGCUCCCCGCACCUUGUCCGUCCGGGGACGCUGGGCUCGGGUCUCCGAGACGAGGCUGCCGUCCGAGGGGAGCGCGCUCCGCUCGGCGCCGUGUUCUUGCGACCUGGCCGUCAGCCCCACGUCGCCGGCCUGGAGGGGCGCCGAAGACGAGGGGGCCCCGGCUUCCUCGGGGGGCACUGGCUCUCUGGAUUUUCAGGAGUUGGUAGUUGAUGUUGAGUCUAAACUGAGGAUGGAAGGCGUGGAGCUGAAAGAAGAGUGGCAAGAUGAAGAUUUUCCAAUACCUUUACCAGAAGAUGAUAGUAUUGAAGCAGACAUAUUAGCUGUAACUGGACCAGAGAGCCAACCUGAUUCGCUAGAAGUUAAUGGAAAUAAAGUCAGAAAGAAACUCAUAGCCCCAGAUAUCAGCCUGACACUGGAUCCUAGUGAUGGCUCUGUGUUGUCAGAUGACCUAGAAGAAAGUGGUGAGAUCGACUUGGAUGGUUUGGACACCCCAUCUGAGAACAGCAAUGAGUUUGAGUGGGAAGAUGAUCUUCCCAAACCCAAAACUACUGAAGUUAUUAGAAAGGGCUCAAUUACUGAAUAUACAGCAACAGAAGAGAAAGAAGAUGGGCGGCGCUGGCGUAUGUUUAGAAUUGGAGAACAGGACCACAGGGUUGAUAUGAAGGCAAUUGAGCCCUAUAAGAAAGUUAUCAGCCAUGGAGGAUAUUAUGGGGAUGGAUUAAAUGCCAUUGUUGUGUUUGCUGUCUGUUUUAUGCCUGAAAGUGGUCAACCAAAUUAUAGAUACCUAAUGGACAAUCUCUUUAAGUAUGUUAUUGGCACUUUGGAGCUAUUAGUAGCAGAAAACUACAUGAUAAUUUAUUUAAAUGGUGCAACAACUCGAAGAAAGAUGCCCAGUCUGGGGUGGCUCAGGAAAUGCUAUCAACAAAUUGAUAGAAGGUUACGGAAAAACCUGAAAUCUCUAAUCAUUGUACAUCCAUCUUGGUUUAUCAGAACUCUUUUGGCUGUUACAAGACCAUUUAUUAGCUCAAAAUUCAGCCAGAAAAUUAGAUACGUCUUUAAUUUGGCAGAACUAGCAGAACUUGUACCCAUGGAAUAUGUUGGUAUACCAGACUGCAUAAAACAGUAUGAAGAAGAAAAGUUAAAAAAGAAACAAAAAAGAAUUGACCAAGAGCUUAAUGGAAAGCAAGAUGAACCGAAAGGUGAACAGUAAGUUUGGCGUCUAGUCCAGCAAGACUGAAGAAUGUGCUGGUGAAGCAGUGUUCUUUUUUGCAUUUAUAAUGCAUCCAUUGGCCCCGAUUUUUAUGUAACCUGUUACAAAAAUGACUUGACUUUUCUUAAUGGACUUUUGUAUAAGAAACAGUUCACUACUGUAUCAGUUGCAAAUCUCUAAGUUUAGCUUUUUAUUAAUUAUGUGUAAUUGUUUUAUAUUUUAUAUUACUAAAUAGCAGAGAACCAUACUUUAUAUAAAGCUGUUUUUGCAGUUGUUUAUUGAAUUAUGCAUCUUCAGUAAAAUAUUUAUAUGCCUAAAUGGUAAAAGAAAGAGAUAAUAUAUAUUUUUAUGUUUUUGAGCAAUAUCAUAUGGUGUAUACUUACCUGUGGAAGAAUAUGCAGGUAAAAAAAAGACCAGGAUUUUGUACAGUGCAUGUUAGAAGUUUGAUUUUGUAAGUGGUUAAAACAUUUCCUAGGUAACUUAGAAAACAGUUGCUUAUGGAGUGAGGGACAGUAGUUAAAACUGGGUC